CUCUCUUCAGGUUAUUUAAGCCGUACAGCCCGCCAUUGAUCCAUCCAUCGAUCGUCUAGCUAGCUUCUCUUGUCAUCUGCAUUCUCUGCAUCAAACAUUUCUAGAUCCUUCCCGCGCUUUGAUUUGGUGAGCCGUCACGUACGGCCGAGAUGGGCAGCAGCACGAUGCUGCUCAAGUCCUUCGCCGUCCUCGCGCUCUUGGUCUCGUCGGCGAUGGCGGACUGGAGCAGGGGCACCGCGACGUUCUACGGCGGCAAGGACGGUUCCGGGACCAUGCACGGCGCGUGCGGGUACGGGAACCUGUACAACCAGGGGUACGGCGUGCUCAACGCGGCGCUGAGCAGGGUGCUGUUCAACGAAGGCGCGUCGUGUGGGCAGUGCUACACCAUCAGGUGCGACGACGCCAAAUCUGGGUGGUGCAAGGUCGGGAACACGGUCACCGUGACGGCCACCAACCUCUGCCCGCCCAACUACGCACUCGCCAACGACAACGGUGGCUGGUGCAACCCGCCCCGCCCGCACUUCGACAUGUCCCAGCCUGCCUGGGAGCACAUCGGCAUCUACCGCGCCGGUAUCAUCCCCAUCCUCUACCAGCGGGUGAAGUGCUGGAGGCAGGGAGGGGUGAGGCUCAUCAUCAGCGGGUUCAACUACUUCGAGCUGGUGCUCGUCACCAACGUCGCCGGCAGCGGCUCCAUCCAGUCAAUGUCGCUGAAGGGGAGCAAGACCGGGUGGAUCACACUGACGCGCAACUGGGGCGCCCUCUGGCAGUGCAACUCGGCUCUCGUCGGCCAGGCGCUCUCCUUCAAGAUCACCUCCACCGGCGGCCAGACGCUGCACAUGAACAGCGUCGUGCCGGCGUGGUGGGACUUCGGCACGACCUUCACCAGCAACUACCAGUUUGACUAUUAGUUCAGUCAGGGUGCCGGCGCAUAUGCAUGUGGCUGGUUCUCAUAUAAAUUUAUUCAUCGGUUGACUUCAUGGUGUGUGCAAUAAUGUGGGAUGAUCUGUAAUUGGGGUUUGUCGAGUUAAUUUCUACUAUCUGUAUAUAUAGAUGGGUAUGUUGUCGGUUGCGCUAUUUUUAUUGGUAUAUGAAUCGAAUUAAUUUUCCAUUUUGAA